CUAUGCGAGGAGGGCGGAAACGGCGCGCGGUGACAGCUGGGAACUUCCCUACUGAUACAGGAAGACCGAGACGGAACAAGCCGAUUGAGCUAGCAAGCGCCCACGGAAAGCAAACAAAUUAAAACCGAAAUCAGCCCUAGUUUGAGUGAGAAGGUAUGGCUGAGCUGGCGGGUUUGGUGCAGCGCCUGGAGGUGGCCGUGGGACGCCUGGAGGCCGUCGCGGGGGGCGGCGGCAGCUCUGCUGGGGGAGGCCCCGAAGUGGUGUCUGCGUAUGUGGAGGCCUAUGAUGACUUCAUAUCUGGACCUGUAGCGCAGUACUUGGUGAUCAGCGGGCAGAUUGGGGGCGAUGUUCAGAAGCAUGCGGAUAUGAUGAAGAAAGCUUUCACCUGUCAGAGGCAGUUCCUGGUCACUGCCUGCAACUCCCAGAAGCCUACUGAUGCCGCGCUGUCGUCCCUGCUGGCUCCUGUGUCCGACAUUAUCCAGCAGGUCCAGUCCUUCCGUGAGCAGAACCGUAGCUCUCCGCUCUUCAACCACCUGUCUGCUAUCAGCGAAAGCGUCCCUGCCCUUGGCUGGGUUGCCAUGGCACCGAAGCCGGGCCCCUAUGUGAAGGAAAUGCAGGACGCUGCCAUGUUCUACACCAAUCGUGUUCUUAAGGAUUACAAGGAGAAGGAUAAGAAGCAUGUGGACUGGGUGAAGGCCUACCUGGCCAUCUGGACCGAGCUGCAGGCCUACAUUAAGAAGCACCACACCACAGGCCUCGUCUGGAGCAAGACUGGUCCGGUUGCCUCCGCCUCCUCUGCAGCUGUACGCCCUGCUGGUGGGGCUCCUCCUCCACCGCCGGGGCCCCCACCCCCUCCCAUGGAUUUCAGCCAAUCAUCUGCUGGCGGCGACUCGAGCGCCGACUCCCGCAACUUACUAUUUGCUUCCAUCAACAAGGGUGCCAACAUCACCAAGGGGCUGAAACACGUGUCUGAUGACGAGAAGACUCAUAAGAACCCGGCGCUGAAGACCCAGGGAGGAGUCGUGCGCUCCGGGCCAAAACCUUUCACUUCACCCCGUCCUGCGCCGGCCGCCGCCCCCACCGCCCGCACUUUGCCCCCCAUGCUGGAACUGGAUGGCAAAAAGUGGAGAGUGGAGAACCAGGAAGGCGCUCAGGGGCUGGUGAUUGACGACACGGAGCUCAAGCAGGUCGUCUACGCCUACAAGUGCAACAACAGCACCUUGCAGGUCAAGGGCAAGCUCAACUCCAUCACCAUCGACAACUGUAAGAAGUUUGGCCUGGUGUUCGACGAUGUCGUCGGGAUCGUGGAGGUCAUCAACUGCAGGGACGUCAAGAUCCAGGUUAUGGGCAAGGUGCCCACCAUCUCCAUCAACAAGACAGACGGUUGCCAUGUCUACCUGAGCGCUGAUUCGCUUGCGUGCGAGAUCAUCAGUGCCAAGAGCUCGGAGAUGAACGUGCUGGUGCCAGGCGCGGGGGGAGAAUAUACUGAGAUUCCUGUACCUGAGCAAUUCAAAACCGUGUGGGAUGGCAAGAAGCUGGUCACCACAGCAACCGAGAUUGCAGGAUAAAGCAGCCCACGAGAGGCCGCCCCCUUUUGCAAAUGCCGACCUGACUAACCGACCAAUCACAAAGUAGACUGAGAUGCCAACCUCUCACACAUUUCCUAUCAUCCAGUUACAGCUGCAGCCCCUACCUUCCUUUUGCCAAUGAGAGGACUGCUUGCUUUAUGUGGAGCACUCCUACAGCCAAUUGCAGGGGAGCGACUUCAUUCCGUUCGGUACACAGGGCUUUAUCAGUGGCCACUGGGGAAGUGAGUUCAUUGAAUGGUUUUAUUUUCAUUUUGCCAAUACCAAGCUUCUGCUUUAUUUUGAACAUUCCAGCCAAUUUAGGAAGAUGGUGAGUGAUUCAGAAAUGGCCAAAUCAAAAAAAGUAAGGAUUUGUCUGCUUUUCUGUUCCAUUUUGACUCCUCAAGCAAUCGGGUUAUGUUGUGCUGAUUUCUGUAACCUCAUGUGGGAGGGUCAUUUAUGUCUGAUUCUUGUUUCCUUGUUCUAGUCAGGGGGGGCAGGCGUACGGGAGGGCCAAGGUGGUUUUUGUACCAUAUAUGCAAUUCAGCUGUAAAGCACAUUUACAACUUUCUGCAGUCAUUGAUACUAUCAUUCAAGAUGAUGAUGAUAAUAAUAGUCAUAGAAUUAAUGACAGAAUUUGUGUCCUCGUCCUCAUUAAAAAUCUAGAGAAAAUAACGAGUUAUGUGCAGGAACACUGUUGUCUUUUUUUAUCAUUAACACUGAAGAAAAACAAAUGUAAAAAAAUAAUAAUAAAAAAUUAACACCAAAAGUCUUCUUCAUCUCGUACGACACUUUC